CCGCGGCGUCACGUGACCGCCGCCCCGCCCACCGGGCCCCGGGCGCGCUGCGCGCAGAGUGACAAGCUAUCUAGUCGCCGGCGGUCGGCGGGGUUAAAGAUGGCUACCGCCCUGCAGCGCAUCGAGCGGCUGUCCAGCCGGGUGGUGCGCGUGUUGGGCUGUAACCCGGGUCCCAUGACCCUGCAAGGCACCAACACGUACCUGGUGGGGACCGGCAGCAGGAGAAUCCUCAUUGACACUGGAGAGCCAUCGAUUCCAGAAUAUAUCAGCUGUUUAAAGCAAGCCUUGGUUGAAUUUGACACAGCAAUCCAAGAAAUCCUAGUGACUCAUUGGCAUCGUGAUCAUAGCGGAGGCAUAGUAGAUAUUUGUAAAAACAUCAGUAAUGACACUACCUAUUGCAUUAAAAAACUCCCACGGAAUCCUCGGAGAGAAGAAAUCAUAGGAAAUGGAGAGCAGCAAUAUGUCUAUAUAGAGAAUGGAGACUUGAUCAAGACUGAGGGAGCCACUCUCAGAGUUAUAUACACUCCUGGCCACACUGAUGACCACAUGUCUUUACUCCUGGAAGAAGAAAAUGCCAUAUUUUCUGGGGAUUGUAUCCUAGGAGAAGGAACAACAGUAUUUGAAGACCUCUAUGACUAUAUGAACUCCCUACAAGACUUAUUAAAAAUCAAAGCUGACGUUAUAUACCCAGGUCAUGGCCCAGUAAUCCAUAAUGCUGAAGCUAAAAUUCUGGAAUAUAUUUCUCACAGAAAUACCCGAGAAGCACAAAUUCUUACAUUCAUCCGUGAUAACUUUGAAAAAUCAUUUACAGUGACUGAACUUAGGGAAAUGAUUUACAAGAAUGUUCCAGAGAAUUUACAUAAGAUGGCAGAGCAUAAUCUCCUGCUUCAUUUGAAAAAACUAGAGAAAGAAGGGAAAAUAUUUUACACCACACAUCCUGACAAGAAAUGGAGAGCUGUACUUUAGUUUCCGGUGAAUGAAGCUCUAUCUUGUUUUGCUUUUAGAGCAUGGUAUGUUCUUUUAGCUAUAGAUUAUGUAGAGAGAAUAUCAAAUGUGGGACUUGGAUACCUUUCUAAAAUAUGUAAAUUACAUUGUAAUAUGUAGGCCAGGUUAUUGAUCUAACCUGGGCCUUGGAACAUUUUACCAAAAGGUCAGAAUCUAACACUUUGUCAAUUUCCUGUGGAUUAAGUAAAAUGGUUACUUAAGAAUAAUGAAACUUGCACAAUUCAAACCAUUUGCUCCUUUAGAGUUUGGUUAUGGACUAGCAUUUGCGGUAAUACUGGGUUUUAGCUACUUCAGUCAACAGCACAGACGUCUGCAUCCUCCUUUCUUUUCUUCAGCCUUUUACACAGCAACGUUAUUUCAUCUUUCUAUCAAUUGUAUCACUUAAGUGUUGAGUCUAUAGCUCUGUGUUAUAUUUGUUUUCUUAUAAUGGUAUCCCAUAAAUGAUUCAUGUUUAUCAUUGAUGUUCCCCAACAUGAUGAUAAUGGAGUAAACCUCUAAAACUGUAAGCAAACCAC